AAGACAUGUCUGCGUUCUGCAAAAAAGCAUCAUCAUCAAUUCAACAGAUUUGCCUAGAAGUCUUAAAGUGUGGACCAAUACCAGAACAUGUGGCUUUUAUAAUGGAUGGCAAUCGGCGAUAUGCCAAAAAGUUUAAUCUUGAAAUAACCGAAGGCCAUAGUAGAGGAGUAAAAAAAUUAUCAGAAUGUUUAAAAUGGUGUUUCGAAUUGGGUAUAAAGGAGGUGACAGUAUAUGCUUUUAGCAUAGAAAACUUUACACGCAGUGAGAAAGAAGUAUUCACUUUAAUGCAGCUAGCUACAGAUCAUUGCAUCAAAUUAUUGGAAAAUGAGAAGAAGUUAGAAAAUGAAGGCGUCUGUGUAAGGUAUAUUGGAAAUUUGGCACUGCUACCUCCCGAACUGAAAAAACUGAUUGCGAAAGUGGUACUUUUAACAAGGAAGAACAAAAAGUUUUUCUUAAAUGUCGCGUUUUCAUACACUUCCACUGAUGAAAUAGUAAACGCUGUAAAAUCCGUAGCAGAAGGCGUGUAUAAUAAAAAAAUAACAAUUGAAGAUAUUAAUGAAGAAUUGCUUACAAAAUGUUUGUACAGUAGUAAGGGAACUGAUCUUUUAGUAAGAACCUCUGGUGAGGUCAGGCUAAGCGAUUUUUUGCUUUGGCAAAAUUCUAAAGCGAUUUUUCAAUUUGCCAAAGUCCUUUGGCCGGAAUUUUCAUUUUGGCAUUUCGUAGCGGCCAUAUUCAAAUUUCAGAGGUCCUACAGAGAUAUAUUGGAAUUAAAAAACGAGAAAAGUAGAAUGACUAAAGAAAGUUAUUUGCGUAUUAAAUUAUUUUUAAAAGAACUACAUAAAGAGAGAAGAACUCGAUUAAAACUAUACGCAAGCGAUCAUGAAGUGUAGUCAUUCUAGACAUGGGAUAAAAAUAAUUAAAAAAGGGUGUUGAAUUAUUGCGAAAAAAAUCGUUUUUUCCCAAUUUAAAAUUUUCUACAAUUUGCUUUUGAAUUUGCUAGGUGUUAUUGCCAUUUAAAAACAAAUAACACAGAUGGACUUGCUUCUGUUUAACCAGUGGCAUUCGUGAGACCGUUUUACUUAAUUUAAAUAAUGAAAAAUGUGGAACGCCGAAAUUUAGAUACCCAAAACAAAUCUAUUUUUUUUUUGCAUGUGCAGUUAAUUGCCACCUAGUGCCAAUAAUAGCUACCAAGUUUAAAAACAAAGUGUAAAAGGAACUUAAGUAGGAAAAAACAUUUUUUUUUUUGCUUUAUCUCGCGAACAAAGCAUUUUAGGGCAAAGUUUAUAUGAACUUUUCUACUUAUUUUUAUCUGCUGAAUAGGCUAAGAUUCUACAUUACACAAAAUGAUAAAUGUGUUAAAACUAUUUGUCUUCCCAGUUUUUUAAUAAAAUUUUUUACAAUGUAAGAGGCAUUAAAAGUGGUUCCAGUGAAUUUAUUUGUCUAUUCUACAACCUCAAAUUCUGUGUAAUCUUAAAUCAAAUAGUUUGAAAUUAUUUAUUGUUGUAUUUCACUAUAAUAAAAAUCAAUAUUGGAAUAAUUUAAUACUCUGAGUAAAUGCUGUUAGAUAACUUUUAUGUAGAUGUUUGAAAAAACGCUUAAUCAAGCUGUUUGCCAGUGUAGGGGGAGCAAUACAUAUAUGAUUAAAAAUGUGAAGGGUACGUGAUUUGUUCUGGAUUACCUAUCAAUAAAAAUAUUCUUACUGAACAUUUGAAGAUUUUCGCCUUUUAUUAAAUUUAACUCAUGUGGGGAAUAAGGUCUGGAUUACUCCAUCCAAAACAAAUAGGAAU